CGUAGGUUAGUUGCGUAGGCUAUGGCGUAGCCUCUGCGUAUUGCCUACGUAGUGUGUCACGGUGACGCGCUCAAGGGCUGCAGAUUCAUGAACGCGCGUCGUCCUUGAGGUCAGCGAGAGGGACGCGAAUGAAAGGUCGGUGUAACGUUUCCUUCCUCUGUACUUGACAUUUCAAGCAGCAGCCUCAUGGACAGACUGAGCGUCCAGCCUGCAUGAAGAGUGUUACUCCUCAUGGAAAAGAUUUAAUCAGUGCUGUCCAGCCAAUGCUACAUCUUGUUUCAUAUCCCCAUCAUCCCAGUGCAGUUCUCAACUCGAUUGGCUAUAAUCUAGAUGCCGGAGGACCCAAACACAAGACUUCACCAAAGGAAAAACUGAGGACGUAAUAAUUUUUUGUCCUCAUUACCCCUAAAGUUGUGUGUCUUUUGUUUUUGUUCAGUCGACUGCAACAAUGGGGGCUUCGAGCUAUGGCUACUACCGUGCAACCAUCUUCCUCUGCAUGUUCAUUGGCUACGCGCUGUACUUCUUUAACAGGAAGACCUUCUCCUUUGUCAUGCCCUCUGUGAUGGAUGAGAUUGAACUGGACAAAGAUGACCUGGGUCUGAUCACCAGCAGCCAGACCAUGGCCUAUGCCAUCAGUAAAUUCAUCAGCGGCGUGUUGUCGGACAAGAUCAGUGCCCGCUGGCUCUUCUCCAUCGGCCUCUUCUUGGUGGGGGGCAUUAACGUAGCUUUCUCCUGGUCCUCCACUGUCUCCAUGUUCUCUCUGCUUUGGUUCAUCAAUGGCCUGGGACAAGGCUGUGGCUGGCCUCCAUGUGGGAAAGUGCUGCGCAAGUGGUUUGAGCCCUCCCAGUUUGGAACAUGGUGGUCUGUGCUGUCCUGCAGUAUGAACCUAGCUGGAAGUCUGGGACCAAUCCUGGUCACAGUGCUUCUGCAGUACUACACCUGGAGGAAUAUCCUGACUAUGUCAGGCAUUAUCUGUGCUGCUUUCUCAUUUAUUUGUUUGGUGUUUGUAAAGAAUGAGCCAAAAAAUGUGGGCCUGCCUAGCAUCGAGGCAGCAGCCAAUAAGGGGGCUAAGGGAGGCAACAAUGAGAGCACCCUGAGUGAGUUCAUCCUCUCUCCUUUUCUGUGGGUGCUGUCUCUGGGCUACUUGGUGGUGUUUGGGGUGAAGACGGCUGCCACUGACUGGGGACAGCUGUUCCUCAUGCAGGAGAAAGGCCAGACUGCUCUGAUGGGCAGUACCUACACAAGUGCCUUGGAGGUGGGAGGUUUUGUGGGCAGCCUUGCAGCAGGCUUCCUCUCUGACAGAGCUGUAGCUCGGCAAGGCUUGGACACCUACGGCAACCCUCGUCAUGGCCUGCUCAUUCUCAUGAUGGCUGGCAUGUAUGUGUCCAUGUACCUCUUCAGGGUCACUAUCACACCUGAAAUUCCGAAGGAGGCUCCUGUUUGGGUCCAAGUCCUUCAUCCUGUCUCCAUUCUCAUUGGUGUACCAGAAAAAGAGAUCUGGAUCCUGUUCCUUGGUGCAAUGUUUGGAUUUUCUUCUUACGGACCAAUUGCUUUGUUUGGGGUGAUAGCCAGUGAAAGUGCUCCUUCAAAUUUUUGUGGAACCUCUCAUGCUGUUGUAGCGCUGAUGGCUAAUGUGGGGGCUUUUAUGGCGGGGCUUCCCUUCAGCGCUAUUGCUAAACAGCACAGCUGGGACUUUGCUUUCUGGGUAGCCGAGGUGAUAAUGGCCAUGGCCACCAUUGGCUUCUUCCUAGCACGAAACAUGUGUACCAAAAUGGGACGAAUUGCAGAGAAAAUGGACUAAUUUAUCUUCCUGAACGAAGCCAACUGUUGACGUCCUGUUUUGUGACUAGAUGGAAUUUGUACUACUGUACAUUAAUACAACACCAAUCUGACCAAACAAAACCACUGUCACAUACACUAAUCUUCCACUAUUUUUCGUAUGAAUUGGUCUUAGGUCGAUGCUCAGGGUGGGUGUGAGUCAGUAAAUCACUUUAGAUUCACAAUCAGGUACUUUUGUCACACACACUUAGAGUUUUCAGGACAGUAGAUGAUAACUCUUCAUUGCAUGCUAACAUUUUAAUGCUUCCAUUUUAUCCAAAGGCAGUUUUCAUGUAGAGAAAUUUAAAAUUUAUUGAAGUUGUAUAUGAAAAAAAAAAAAAACAUGGACAUGAAUUUAUAAAAAGGUUUAAGUGGAUUGUUUUUUUUUUUUGUUAAAGCGGAUGCAUGCUACUCAUUGCAUACAUUGACUUUAGUGGAGGUCAGUUCUAUCUAACUUUACUGAUUUACUGAUGAGCCUGUAUAAUCUAGACUAUUAUUUGUCUAGGUAUUUGAACAAAUGUGGUAGCAUGUAUCAUGGUAAUUUUGCUAAUACCUCACAUAUGUGAUCAAAUGUAAUAGGCUCAUAAUUUCACUUAAGUAAUUGAAGAGUAUAUUAUUUUAUACAUAUCUGUAUGUGACAUGAUGCAGAAUAACACUUUGUUGCAGACCUCUUAGGCCAUGGCAGCUUUUGUGAUCAGACAUGUUUUUCAGGAGUGAUUAACUUCAGACCUUUGCUACAGGUGUUUUUGUCACUGCCACUGGAAAAUGUGUGCAGCAGUAACUACUGGAUUGUAUACUGUAAACUUUCUUACUUUAAAAUCUGUGUUUUGUCAACACAAAUUACUGGGAUUGUACAAUGGCUUUGAAAGAUUAAUGAUAUCUAGUAAAUAAGUAAAGUUUACUUUGUCUGGUUUCUGUUUAUCUGUUUACCAGAAGAAAUUAAACUGCACCUGCAGCCUUACUGUGAGAUUUG